CUUUGCUGAGUGCCUCACUGCCUCUUCUGCACUGUCCCAGGAGUGAGGUAUUCUUAGCCCUCAUUUCCAGAGAAGAUGCCUCAGUAUCGAGUAAUCAAUGAGCUGUCCAGAGACACACAGAGGGUUAUCAGCCAACGCUUAGCUGCUGUUUUGGAAACUCCCCUGGCGGGGGCGCCCCUUCUACCAGCCCUGACUGUAUAAAAGGGCCAGCCUGAGCUGCCAAGGCUCUCUGCAGGGACUCCUGAGACUCAGCUCCCGCUUCUCCACAGCUCUGCCCACCGUUACCAUGGAGGUCUCCGCCGCCGCCCUCGCCGUCCUCCUCACCGCUGCUGCCCUCUGCGCACCUGCAUCUGCCUCCCCAUAUGCCUCGGACACCACGCCCUGCUGCUUUGCCUACAUCUCCCGCCUGCUGCCCCGGGCCCACGUCACGGAGUAUUUCUAUACCAGCGGCAAGUGCUCCUUCCCGGCAGUUGUCUUUGUCACCAGGAAGAACCGCCAGGUGUGUGCCAACCCAGAGAAGAAAUGGGUUCGGGAGUACAUCAACUCUUUGGAGAUGAGCUAAGAUGCAUGGCGCCUUGAACCUGAACUUGCACACACUCUGCUCUUGUCCCGGCCAGCAUGGGAUGCUUCCUCCCAUUGCCUUCCUCCCACCCACUCCUUGGAGGGCACAGGCUCUACCACACAGCAGCAGGUAUAAAAGCCUCCCCAGCUAAAGCCUCCAAGAGCCACUGAGGCUCUGCCUCGACAACAGGAAACCUCUAGGUGCUGAGGUUCAUGCCCCUCCGUGCGGCCACAGCUCUGUGACCAGGAAGGAAGUCACUGUGCCUCUGAAGACAAAGAAGAGAAUAUGGGGUUCCUAUGGGGGUGUACCGAGGCCAGAGCUCCCACCUCAAACCUAAGAAAUCAGCUUUCCAUUAAAAUUCUCAGCACAAUUACAAA